AGUAUCCUCUGAUGAGGACACACUGUCAGUAUCGAUUAAUUCGCCGUUCCGUUAUCUACUAACUAGACCAUGAAUUACUUAAUGUUGUUUGUACUAUCAGCAAGUGCAAUGGCGUUUACGUCUAAUGCAUGCCAAUUUGGAAGUGAGGGCAUACAGACGGUCUACGAUAGAUUUGAACUAUUUAAGAAAACAAAAGCAUUUGAUACAGCGAAAAUUCCAUUGGAAAAAUAUUCCUUCAUCAACAACGAUGUUGAAAAGAGAUUAGCUGUUAAAAUCAACGGUGUUUACAUAAUGGAACAUUAUAAAAUCGACGGCGAUAAUAAACUGCAAACAAUAAGUGGGCAAUAUGAAGUCCAGGGAGGUGUGAAUCUACAUUAUAUGCGUGACGAGAAUGGUGAAUUUUCAUUUGAUGAUCGGUCGAAUCAAAAUAAAUUUAAAUCGUCAAUUCAAAGCAUCGAUGCUGAGCUACCAAAUGAUUUCGAGGAGAAUUACAGACAAGUGCUGGUAGAUUUGAAUGCAAUGAGGAAGAAAAUGUUCGACUAUCAAAGUGGUCUUAGCAAGGAAGACCUUGAGCGCGUUCAGUUGUUUAAGUUUUCUCCAUUACCAAAAUCCGGACCGAAUGGCGAUGGGUUCUCGGCGGAAUACGUCGAAAAUGAUUGGCUAGGUGUAACCGUUUCUAAGUUCCAUAACAGCGAUGACGUUUCUGGACUAUUUAUGUGUGAGAAUCAGGACCAGAAAUACAACAUUAUCGAUGGAAAAGUUGUUGCUGAUGGUGAACCAUUCGUGCCAUUAAAUCGAAAGUAUGUGCCGAUACCUGUCCUUCACGUAGCGACGCCGAUCUAGGCAGCCGAAAUGUGCUUUAGCUGAUCAGUGUAGCAGAAACUGUCUAGAUGAUCGGCAGAAUGUAUUUUUUAAAUUUAUCAUGCCUGUGCUUAGCGAGCGGGAAAGAAAAAAUCAAAUUACAAGAAGAAAUUUAAAAAAAAAAUGUUUAUCGUAGACUGCGGAACCAUAUACAGA